AUGAAGUUUGAGAUUUUCAUGCUUCAAAGAAGCGGAAAUAACACCAGGAUGUUUGCAACUCUUGGCAUCCUCCUGAAUCUUUUGGGUCACGUGAUUUCACAUGGCUACCUUGACUGGCCAGCCCAACGUUCGUCGUUAUGGAGACACGGGUUUGACACGCCUAAGAACUACAACGACAACGCACUUUAUUGCGGAGGACGACAGGCUCUAAUAAAAUCUAAAGGUAAAUGUGGAGUGUGUGGGGACCCUUAUUUUGGAGCCAAAGAAAACGAAGCAGGAGGCCUUUAUGCACAAGGAGUAAUUGCAGAGUCGUAUCCGAUAGGGACCCAAUAUAUCCGAGUUACUGUAAAACUUACAACACAUCACAAGGGAUUUUUCGAGUUUCGAAUCUGUCCGCAUAACAAUCCGAGUAUUCCUGUAUCACAGGAGUGUUUGGAUCGACAUCUUCUUCACAUCCAGGAGGGAGACAAGGGGAGUGGUUAUACCCGGUAUUAUCCAGAGAAACACAGUGGAGUUGAUAUUUAUCACCUGCAUGUUGAGAUCCCGCCUGGCAUGACGUGUUCACAAUGUGUAUUUAACUGGCGCUAUAAGACAGGAAACAGUUGGGGGACGGACCCCAAUGGCAGGAGCUGUGUUGGAUGUGGAUUGCAAGAGGAGUUCCGAAACUGUGCUGAUAUUCGGAUUGGGGGCGAUACAUCUAGUGCUUCAACAGAGGUGGAUAUAUUCCCUGAUUCAAACUCAGGAGGUAGCGAAGAAGUUUCUUUGUACAAUAAUCAAGGAAAUUUCGGACUUAUAGCAACAUCUAGUGGCGAAACGAGUGAUAUUAUAAUAGAUAACUCAAAUGAAAAUUAUGGAUACCGGUCAGAUAGCAUCGUACAGAGUGAGGAGGUAGUUUCAAUAGAUCCUUUCCAUAAUGAUAAAUCAGAAGAAAAUGUUUUCAUAGAGGAACAAUCUGUGCCCCUUCCAAAAAGGAAUAAUAUGAGAUCACCAGAAAGAGACUUUUCGGAAUUUCAUCACACAAGGCAACUAAUUAAACCAAGUGUACAUAAGCACAGUAAUAGGGCAAUGUUGAUAAAUAAUAACAACGUAAAUACUAGAAACAUAAAUAAUAUGAGAACAGUUGUAACUGAACCCACAAAUACAUUUGUAACACAAAGAAAUGGACGUCGCUUUACAAACCAAAAUCAGAUGUCACCAACUAUUCAAAAUGGGCCACGCAGAUUUGAUAUAUCUAAGAAUGUAAAAGGAGGAAAUAGUUUAUUAAAAGCACAAAGAAGUAAUCAAAAUGAAGCAAAUAUUCAGCGGGUUCGAAAUGAAAUGAAAAACAAAAGAGCCAGGGAAAUUUUUCUGAGACUCCAAGCUAUCAGAAACAUGCGUGCUGGUUUAUUAAAGCGGGAUAGUUCUCGAGUUGCAGCCGAGAAAGUCGGAAAACAAUCUACUCGCAGAGAACCAAUAAUGAAAAAGCCAGAUAAUAAAAACAUACUUCUACUAUCACCGGGUACUGGAAACAGCUUUUCUAGAAAUGAUAAUGGACCUUUAAAAACAAGAGUUCCAAACAGAAGGAUUCCUUUAACAGCCAAGUCUACCAUGCCAAGAAAUCUUUUCAUUCUUCAAAAUCCCUUUAGUACAAGAACCCCGGCUCCUUCCGCGGCCAGUUCUUCAAAAAGGACCCUAAAUACUUUUAGACAAAACCCUACGAAUAGAAAACGAAUUCUUCAACAACCUUUAGAAAGAUCACCAAUAAGAAGGCAGGGUAACCAACAUACACUCAGAAAUCGUGUAAAUAAUGAAAAUAAUGUUCUCAGAAGAAGAGAAAGAGUUCCUGCAAACCAGAGAAACCCAGUGAGGGAAAAUAUAGGGUCAAGACCCAUCUCUGAAAACGUCAGACAAAGUGCGCCAAAUGUAAAUAGAAGAGGUCAAUUCUCUGCAAAUAACAGAAAUAGUAUAAGACGCGGGAAUAGAGCAAGGAAUUUUACGUCUGCAAACAAUAGAAACAAUUUUUCGAGAUGGGAGAGACAAAAUCAAUUCACACCAGUGAGGCAAGGUACCGCAAGUGAUUCUCGAAGACGAGCCUUGAAUUUUAGUGCUCAUCGAAAUAGACUGCAAAGUGCUCAAAACAGGCGGGUUCCAAAUACGAACGCCUUUCAAAGACAGUUGUUACUUUCAACAAUGCAACAAAAUCCGCAACGAACAUCUGUAAGGCGUAGUAAUCAGGGAGCGAUGGGUAGAAGACAAGCUCUUCCACCUAGUAGAUCCAGAACUGUGUCCAUGAGACAGAGCUGGGGAGUUCAGAAUAUAAACAAUUCUAGACUUUUAUCUAGUCAGCGUGGAGUGCUGGAUUCUUUAAGGAGACAAAAUUUUCCACAACGGUCCAAUAUAUUUUUAAACAAUAGAUUUUUAACCUAA